AUGGUAGGUGGCCAAAACUACGACGAAGCCGUAGCAUUUAUUAAACUGAAAUUUGCGGAGCUCAAUUUGAAUCCGGAUAAAAAGACUAUUUACAUGCACGAAACAUGCGCAACUGAUACCAAUCAAGUACAACUCGUCAUAUCGAGUGUAAUCGACACCAUAAUUCAAAAGAAUCUCCAGAAGGCAGGUAUGAUAGUAUUCGACGUUGGUGGUCAACGAUCAGAGAGACGAAAAUGGAUUCACUGUUUUGACAAUGUAGAGUCAAUCAUAUUUAUUACGGCUAUCAGCGAAUAUGAUCAAGUGCUCUUCGAAGACGAGACGACGGUAAGAAAAUUAGAUUCGUACCUGAAUUUUACGAACUUCCGCUCUAUUUAUUUGAGUUUUCUAAACCUUUAA